AUGAGCGGAGCCCGGAGCAGCCCCCGAGGCCCCGACGCGGCAGCGGCGACGGCGGCCGCGCCGCGGGCCGCCUCCGCCUCCGCCUCCUCCUCCCGAGGCUGCGCUGCUCCCAGCCACCCCCACUAUCGGCGGACCCGGACUGGAAAGACAGCGGGGAUAAGCCUCACCCGGUUCUGGCUGCGGCUCCGCGGAACGAACCUCCCCUCCCCCGGCCCACCCCCCUUCGGCAACACGCACAACUCCGCUCGGUCCAGUCCCGGGUUUAGCGCUGGUGAGGAGGAGGAGGCGGAGGAGGCGGGUCAGGCAGCCCGAGUUACGCUGCCCGCUGCCCGCUGCCCCAGCCGCCGGCUCGCUCCCUGGGGGUCCGGGGUGCCCUCCAGGGCCCGGGACGGCCCGACACCGGGGCCGUGGCCGCCUACCCUGACUCGGGCCUGGGCGCCCGGGCCCCUGGAGCCGCUCCCAGCGACCCUGCCUGAGGAGAGACGCGGCCUCGAUGUCCUCGGCGCCCUCCCUGUCCAGUGCGUGACGCCCCCCGGGAGGGCCGCGCCCGGGCAGGGGCCGCAGCGAGGCACGGCGGGAGGUCGGGGCAGCGCGCGCAGGGGGUUCCCGCGUGCGCUGAGGGGGUGGGAGCACCUCCACCGUCGCCUCAGCCCGUGGGGAAUUGUCCCCCCACCUCCCGUCACGGCUGUAGGAGGAGACGACGUCCUCCAUUUUGUCGGGACUGCUGUGGGAACUUGGGACCAAUUCAAAACCAAAGCCCGUGGGGCUGGGAAACUUGGCCCCGCGAAGCCCCAACUGGGCUCCGCCAUUCGGCCGAGGGCACAGCCCCUGAUUCCAGCGUGUGCGUCCGAGGGGCCCCUGGGGCGGGCGCCACAGGGCACACACCCAGACGCCGCUCCCCGCCUGCAUCCACCAAGAUGGAGGAAGCUGCGGGCUCCCCGGGAGCGGGGCUCCCGCCUGUCGGAGGGGCCGCGGCCUCCCCUCGGCGUGUCCUCCCGCGCUGCCGUCGUCCUCCUCCGCAGCCUCGUUCGGUGGCCCUCCCCAGCCUCUACCCAGCCUCCCCACGGCCUCCACCGUCUCCUGGUCCUCAACCGUGGAUGGAGACUCCACUCCGCGGUCGGCCCUAUCGCUUCGCCCCGCCGGGGCUGCCCGGGUGCGGGGAGUCGAGCGGAGGUGCGGGGCGUCGCGCCGGGGCCCGACGCGGGCGUGCCCGGGGCGCCACAUCCACCGUGGGGCUCCUCUUUGUUCACCGUCUACACCUACGUCUUCGGCGCACGUCAUGGUGCUGUACGAUCUCCAAGAUCCCAGCCAAGAGGGCAGGGAGGCCUCUUCCGUCUCACCCUGGCGGUGGCUGGCGGGACUGCAGCCGCUGGCGGGGGACAAAUGGGGGACGAGAGAGCACAAGCAGGGGAAGCAGCAGACAAAGGAAGUGGGAGAAGCUCAUCGGGGAGCCUGACAUCGGGCUUAACCCCAGGACACUGGAAUCAGGACCUGAGCAGAAGGCAGACUCUCAACCAACUGAGAUUCUCAGCUCCUGGCAACCACCAUUCUACUGUCUAUCUUUAUGAUUUUGACAUAUGUAAAGAUGCUACUGACUACAGAGCUUGCUACCAGUCCAUGAGAUGAUCUGCCAAAACAGAUACACAAAAUAUCUCUACUGGAUGCUCUUACUAAUCAAUUGUUUAUCAAGAAGCUACUUGUCAUCAAGAAAGCAACAAGUUCAAGUGCAGGCAUUUUGGAUCCUUCAAAUGCUGAUCAUCUGCAAUACAAAUUAUUUUUAUCCAUUUAGAGACACUCUUGGUUAACAAGAUCCUAUCUUACUUAAUUUUGUCAGGCAUUGUAGUAUGUCUCCACCAUAGUUAAAAAGAUCUCACACAAGGAAAUGACAUUUCUGCUAUUACGUGAAAUCCCUUCACAUUAAAUUUCUUUACCCCCUGG